AUGGCGUUUCUCGGUUUCGGUUUCACUCAGUGUUUGGCUCCUCUCUGUAAUGCUUCAGAGACCAUCGAUCCGAUUCGUGAACCUCUUCCAAUGUACGGACACUCCGAGCCCAUGACCAUGCCCAACCCGAUCCCCGCCGGUGGCGACGACGAUGCCGCCGGCCCCGGCGUCGACUCCAUUGACAACGCCCACAUUCACUACGAACCCCAUACGCUCGAGGACGGCGGCGUCGUCGCCGUCGUCGAGGAUGUAAGCUCCGACCCCGUCUACGACGUCGGUAGCUCCGAAAUGCGUGCUCAGCCGUACGACGGCUCCAGUCAGCUCACGCUCUCGUUUCGUGGCCAGGUCUUUGUUUUUGACGCUGUUACGCCUGAGAAGGUUCAAGCAGUGCUAUUACUGUUGGGGGGCAGCGAAUUAUCUUCCGGCCCUCAAGGUGCGGAGUUGGUAUCUCAGAAUCAGAGGGGUACAGAAGAUUUUCCCAUACGAUGUAGUCAGCCUCACAGAGCAGCGUCAUUAAGUAGGUUUCGUCAAAAGAGAAAAGAGCGAUGCUUUGAUAAAAAAGUCAGAUAUAGUGUCCGCCAAGAAGUUGCACUCAGGAUGCAGCGUAACAAGGGGCAAUUUUCUUCUUCAAAAAAGUCAGAUGGAGAUUAUAGCUGGGGUAAUGGCCAGGAGUCAGGGCAGGAUGAUAGCCAUGCAGAAACUUCCUGCAAGCAUUGUGGAAUAAGCUCAAAGUCCACACCAAUGAUGCGGCGUGGGCCAUCUGGUCCAAGGUCUCUUUGCAAUGCUUGUGGGCUUUUUUGGGCAAACAGGGGGACUUUGAGGGAGCUUUCCAAGAGAACCCAAGAUCAUUCUGUGACUCCAGCUGAGCAGGGUGAAGCUGAUACUAAAGAUUUGAACAGCGUAACUGCCAUCGAUGCACACAACAGUCUUGUUCCCUUCUCUAAUGGUGAUAGCUCAGCUUUAGUUGCUGAACAGUAGGUUGUUUCAUUAAAAGGCCAAACUUGUCCCUGGCAGUGGCAUCAUUCAAGUAGGUUCUCUCGUAAUUUUCGUUUUGAUUGUCUAAUCUUAAUGUACAGCUAUAAUAGUACCUUGAUCAAUACAAGAAGCCAGCUAUUUAUUCCUUCUUC